GUUAUUUCUAGAAAAGACGAAGCGUAUUCAAGAUGAUGCAGCCAGCGGAACAGAUCUUCUCCUGCGGAUUCGAACUCUUCGGGCGAGUACAGGGUGUGUGUUUGCGGAAGCAGACCCGAGAUCUGGCCACAUUGAACCACGUGCGCGGGUGGGUGAUGAACACGGACGAGGGCACGGUGAAGGGUCAGCUGGAGGGCACACUGCCCAAGGUCAACGAGCUGAAGUUCUGGCUGCUGAAUUUCGGCAGUCCGCGCUCGAUUAUCGAGCGGGCGGAGUUCACGCCCACCAAGGAGAUCACUUCGCACAACUUUAGCCGCUUCUCGAUUCGCUACCACAAUGUGUCAGCACCGAAAAAGGCCAUUUAAGGAGAAUUUAGACUUGUAGUCCACUACCAAAUUGUAACUGUGUAUUUGCUGUAACUAUUUGUUUGGACCUUUAAAUUGAGCUGCCUGCGAAUAGAGCCCAGU